CAGCAGUUCGCCAUAAGUUCUCCGUCAGUCCGCCAGCUGCGGUACCUGCGGACGAAGACGGUGGAACGCGUCGUCGGACGCGCGCGGCCGAUAGUGACCGAUCAAGCGACAGUCCAAAAAGUCGUCAGAGAAACGAUCGUUUCUCAUAGGCCGUCUUCAGAGGUCGCGUACUCAGUGUGUGUAUAUGUGUUUGUGUGUAAUUGAUCUACGAGCUUCAGUUCUUGGUGCGGAAAUGAACACUCGUGGAUUUAUCACGAUAUAAAAAAAAAAGGCCGGGUGUGAAAAUUACAACGGUGUACUCCACGUGUUUCAGCUGUUGCGCUAACGAACAGAAAUAAAUUGAAGAGUUCUGUAAGAGUUGGCUCGUAACCUUCGACGAUUUGACAGUAACGAACUUCGUAAAGCGUUUCCCGUGAGUCCCGGUUCCAGUGACCGUGACUUUCGAAGGGUGUUUCUUAUUGAAUGAGAGUAAACUAGGAUAACUCAUAGCUCAUCUUCGGACAACGGAAAUCAAAAGUGACGAAAGCUGGAUAUAUAGUUCUACUUCUCUGGAAACGAUUUCCCUCAGAGACAGUGUUAUGUGCCACUAUCUUUAUGAGACGAUGAUUCGACGGGGACGCUAAGCUAACGCUCCCUCGGGACCUUAGUAAAACUCAAUUGGUGCUGUUGAUGGUGGUUCGAUCUUUGCGAGGCGGUGACCAAUUCUGGCAAGAUGUCCUCGGGUGGAUCACUCAUAUGUGAUACGUUUAUCGAAAACAGUUGGCGCAAGGAUCUCUGUUCGAACUGCUUUCGCUCUGAAGCGGAGCAUGAAAUAGCCAUGAGAACCCCACUAAGCGCACCUCAAGGUGCGUCAUCAGCGGCGUUUGGAAUAACAUCCGCCGUGAUGACGACGUUAAACCAAAACAGCAUCAACUCCAUACAGAAAUCUGGCUCUCGUGCGGUUCCCACGGCUGUGCCGGUAAGUAAAACGGUUACGGAAGAUAAAAUAGCCGGAGGUAGUGCGCUGAGCAACAAUAGCACCAACGGCGUCGAAAACGGCCCUCAUACGAAAAACAACGUUAUGGAAAUAUGCUUUGGAGCCGGAAACCCAUCAAACGCACUAUCCGGGAAAACGACGUCGGCAAGAAUUGUGACGAGGGGCUCGAAGUCUCAACGGAUCGGCACUGACCCGACUCCUAAGUUAGUAAGGAGCAUUCUUAAAGAAGGUAAAGAUCCUGGAAAAAAAAAAGGUGUCGUUUUUCGGGAGGAGGAACAAGUGAUUGGAUACGGAGGCUUAGAUGAUGUUUCGGAAACCGACGAAGAUGACGACGGUGGAUGGGAUGUCUCUGAGGAAGACUUUGAUGAGGGUCUUCUUGAAGCAUUAGACUCGACCGAACAGGACCGUCAGUUCACGAAAUUAACACGAAAAAACACCAAUUUUAAUUCAGUUAAUGCCAAUCUGCUUAAGGAGCAACAAAACGCUUUGGCAGAAGCUAAAGUACGAUCAAGCGAUUCUACCGAAGUAAAAUCAAACGAAGUUAAAAACACGACAGACAUCAGCCAUAAUGAGGCGGUCCCUAGCGAACCAGCGCCGGACGAGUCUACCGAACGAAACGGUGAGUCAAUAAAGCUUUCGCGAAACCUCGAUGAACUCGAAAUCGACCUCGAUCUGACUAGAAGUGUUACGGAAGAACUGGAUAAAAGGUUGCAAUUAAUGCACCGAGCGAAAACUCGUGGUGAAGACAAUCACAACGGCAACAAGAGCAACAACAACAACAACGGUCAUACCAAUAAUAAUACAGCUAUUAUACAGAGGUCGCAUGACAAUAAGGAGUUCGGUUAUCUUGACAGUUGCAAAGACGUUCUUACAGCUGAAGAUCUCAGCUUGACCCGACAUCUAUUAAUCGAGGAUGCUAAAGGCGAUUCUAUUGAUAGUGGAGCACCAUCUUCUCGAGAAAGCUCAUCGAGUCCAGACAGUAUGUCACUUAAAGGGUCCGAGCGUGAUUCGGCAUCGCCUGAUUCGAUGCGUUCUUCGAAGUCAUCGGCGUACGAAUCCAUCUAUGACUCGGUGGAGACUCGCGCGCUAACGCAAAACACCACUGACGAAUCGGCGACGUCUGCCUGUGUAUUAGCGUCAAGCGUUGCAAUUGCCGAUCCCAGUAAUAGCAGCGCUGCCCACGUUUCUACCGUAGUUGUGAACAACUCACAAAACUCUGGAAAUAGCUGCAGUGAAAGGGGUGAAGUCAACCUCUCCCAUGCUGGCCUGUUGCCUUAUGGUCCUGAUGUCCAAUGCAAUGCCUCUACAGAGAAGCGCCCUGUGCGACAGGCCAGCCACCGAGUGGUGCUCAGAACCGAUUCAGACGCCGUGGUUGCUUCGAACAACGCGACAACCAUACUCGUGCAAGGCAACACCGUUAACAAUAAGGGCGCUACAAAUUCAAGCGCUUUGAACAACGGUGGCACUAAAAAUUCGCUAAAUAUUGGACGUAACGGCGGGACUCCUCAAAACGACAAGGAACAAAACCAGUGUCCUUUGAGCGGUUUUGUUUUGCGUCCUACGUCUGGAUGUUCGAACGAAGUCAUUCACCGGGAGCGUCAAGUGGAUAAGGUAUCGACGCACACUCUCCGAAUUAGCGAGUUCGCGUUUGGCAGCUCUGCUUCGCGAGUGAACCAAACGACGACACAACUUCAGCCCGCUCACAGCGACUCCGAUUUGCUCGACGGCAUCAAGGAUAACAGUCGUAGCAAUCAUUCGCAGGUACAAGCAACAGGUUCCCGUGACUCGACAUCCGGUUAUAGCGGUCCAAUACGACGCGCUGCCGUUAGUGAACUGCAUCUCGAUCAAAUAUCGUCGUCUUUGUCGGUAGCGCAUAGGGCCUCGCAGAAUAACAGCCACAAACAGCUUAAGAGUCUGUCCACAGCCACACUCGAUCAAAGCUAUGCUCAAGUAGAGCCUCGUUCGGCCGAGAAGUACGGAACCUUAAGACGCACCUCGCGCUGCUACGAAGAUCCGAAAUAUCUCGGUUAUUCAGCAAAAGCAAAACCGGUGCAACCUCCCGUGGUACCACCUAACCCGUAUCCUAACCGGAAAGAUAUUUACGGUACAUACCGCGCCGCGAAAAAAUACACGGCCCCAAAAAUUCCUGCAGGGCUGGAACCUUUAGAUCAAGAGCCCAUCUACGCUGAGCCCCUAGAACAAGGGAAUUCUCUAUUGUCCUUAGAUGAUCAGAAGACUAAUUGCGACGGGGCUAGGGGAGGCAUGCAGCAACAGCAGCAGCAGCAGCAGCAGCAGCAGCAACAACAGCAGCAGCAGCAACAGCAACAGCAGCAGCAGCAGCAGAAGCAGCAACAACAGCAGCAGCAGCAGGCAAAUGAGAACAUCUAUCAGGAGAUUCGAGGUACGGCGACGCUGUCACGGAAGGAGCGCCAAUUGGCAGAGCUUGCCCUUGAGUUGGAAAAGGCACGUUACCAUUCCGUGCCGAAUCGUCGAUCUGCCCCUGCAAUUGCAGAAUACGCUAGUGAAUGGGAUCCGGUCAGUAGACAGUUUGAACAUAAUCAUCAGCGAUCGCAGCAGCAGCAAUCCUUGUUUACGUACUCAGUUAACCAGGGCUCUCCGCAGUCCCGGAAACCGCGGCAGCCGCCUACAAUACCGCGCACGGCAAGUACGACUGGGGGGUCGAUUUCUCGAGCUGGUUUAUUUGGGUUGAAAAAACUACUGAAGAGAGGAAGUAAUAAGGAGCACAUCAAAGAUGAGAAAGAACAUAAAGCAAAGGAACGAGAGAUGAUUAAGGAGCUUACUACCGGCGCAGCUUCAUCAAAAAAGACAUGGAAGGCAGAACUACACAUUUCUCAACCCAGGUCAAUGUGCCGACCCGAGAUUCUUCACCCGUCCGACCUCGAGCGUUUAGGGGACGCAGUCAUUUACCAGACUCCUAGGAUGAACGCCAGUAAACUUGAACGUUUCGGAUCCGUUCUUCAUGGCACUUCCGAAGCUCAGUUCCAGCCCUUGCUGGAUAUGGAAAGCGUGCCCCCACCGCCGCCGAUGCGGGAGCGAUUCUUUCGUGAAGGUAACGAUGCCGAGUCGUUCGACGUGAAGGGAGGAACUUCUAGGGCUUACGCCUCCAAAGGCCUCGAGCACCGACAACAGCAGCAGCAUCAACACAGGCAAAGUAACUGUUCUAUGUCGAAGCAAAUUCAGAACUCAGCUCAACCGCAGGUACCGAAACGGAGGGCUAAGCUCGACUACGUCAACAUGGAAUUCCACAGUGGGGUUCGAUUCGCAGAUGAUCUUGUGCAGGUGUUCAAUGAUUUUCGUUUAGUGAAUCAAGAGUCUAACAAUUUUCGAGGAGACAAUCAGUUGAAGGACGAUGAUGAUUGUUUUGGAGUUAAAAUUGAAGAAGAUGAUGUGGACGACUGUGACGAUGAUACGCUGUUUUAUGGGUACUGCCCUAAUCAAAAACUAUCAAAACUUCAUACUGAGGAGAUGGCGCUUGAAAAGGACGCUGUAUCUAUGACAAGCAAAGACAAUGAAGAAGCCUGGAAAGACUACGUUAACAUCAAAGUUUCAGAGGAUGUUGGUAAGUGUAUCGCGUCCCCGGAAGCGUCCGAUUCGCCGAUGCCGUCAGUUCAACGAUGGAACUCUCCUGAAACGCUCCUUAGCGUUCUCAUGGAUGUCAACCAUCACACACUGGUCGCUCUGCUCAGCCACGUCUCGACGUGCAGCCACGGGUUGCCCGUUCCCGAGAUCGGAGCUUGUCCAUCGGCGGUGUCUGGCAGCCCCUUAGGCUCGGCCGGUCUGUCCUGGGCAGAUUUUACACUUACUUCAGAGCGUAUCGCAAAGGGUCGUGAUAUAUCGGUUUGUCGUGCACUACAUUCUCCCACAGGCACAAAAGUCACCCUCAUGCUCACUCCACCAAAGGCCUUGCCGGUUGCUGAUUUCCUUCUCGAGAGGUCUGUGGUGGCUUCAAACGGACUUCAGCCUGGUCACACAGUACUAGUGUUGCCCCAGUCACAGAUUCGCACCCUGGCUGAAUUCUCUGUCCACUGUGAUGCCCGCAGUGCCCUUUACGUAAUGCUACAAUUGUGCAGAGAUUUACAAAGCUUGCAAUCGCAAGGGGUUAGUAGUUUGGUGGAGUCAGAACAGCGAAUCCUGGUCGCAUCCUGGGAUCAACUUGCCUAUCUGUUGUUCAUGUACAAGAAAGCACCGCUCGGAUCGAAUUCUCAUUACGUACCACUUCACAGGUUUGCGUUGUCUAUUCUCUCCGAACUUGAGCUGGCAAAAAAGGGCCAGCCAUCGUCAACCCAUGGGAAUGGCAGUGGGCUCUUAUCCAGUUUUGCACUCGUAGCCGAUCUACUCCGUCGCAACGAACUCGAACUCUGUCAACGCGUGAUCGAGUUUAUCUUAUGGGAAGCCCCGCGGAAUCCGUUGGCGGGUCAAGACGCCGACCUGUCAGAUGCCGCAGUUACGAUGUCGCCACAAGGCCGUCAGGGGGGCCAGCGGGGAGUCGACAGUAAUUCACAGAAGUCGGUGGACAAAAUCGAUGACGACAAUGACGAUAUGGAGGCUCUUGCAGGAGCUUUGGGCCGUUGGCUGGCAGUACAGAAAGCACUUGCCUCACAGAAAAACUCUUGCGUGCGAGAUCCGCACGCGAAGGCGGCUCAGUUAAAAAUAGCAAAGCCGGCCACUCCCUGUAGCGUCUACCUGGAAUAUCAGCUUCAGUUUUUGACCUCUGCGACGGGACGCAGUUUAGCUGAUACUCUGGCGGUUAUCCGCCGUUACGAAAGCACAAAGCUCAAUGAAUCACCACACCAGUCUGAGGCCUCUCACGAUGACAGCUUCGGCGAGGAGCUGUAUGCUGACUACCGUUUUUGCUGACGGAGAGAUACGGCUAUAACAAGUUGAUAAACCCAAAUAACAAACAAAUUGACCUGACCUACCAAUGACAUUUGCUAUUUUUAUAUGUAUUCAAGCUGAUAUUGAAACAAACAGCAGCGGUUAGGAUUGACAAAGCCUAACAAGCGGCCUCCACAUAACAACGCUCAAUUAUGAUUUGCUGGGUUUAAUUAUCAAAUCUCAUUAAAAAAUUACCACUUAUGAAUGUUAUCGUUUGCUUUCUACCAUACUAACAUACUUUCGUAUGUGAUAACUUUUUUUUCAUCAAUGAUGAUACAAUGUUAUCUCAUUCGCAGUGAUGUUGUACCUAUCAUUGCUGCUAUUGUUGCUAUUGCUGUUGUUGUUAGCACAUUCCGCCAUAAUGAUGGGAAUGAUGAUGGUGAGGAUGGCGACGAUGGUCAUGGCUGUGUUGAGGAUUCAAGUAAAGGAAAGUGGAGGAGGGGCUGACGGCGGGGCAUACAAGAUAUGUGCGCGGUAUUGCGCAUGCACAAAAGCAUAUUCCUCUCCGUUUCGUACGAAUAGAAUAACCAGUCAAGUGUACGUUAGCGUUGCUGUUAAUGUUUGUUGACUGAAGAGAAUGAAAAAUGACAAGAUGUCUUUUACAUCGCAAUAUGCAGAUCCGGUAACGGACGAUGCCCAUAAGUCCGCUGCGAACUUCACGACGGUUGUGGUUGUAUAUAUUUUGUAUUAUAGCGGUCAAUAAAAAACAAGUUCG